AUGGCGAUUGGUAUGGCAACGGGAAUCUCAGCUGGAUUCCUUGUACUUAUCUUACUUUAUACGAUUGUCGGCUUCGCAACCCUUCAAGUAUACCUGAAGAAGGGUAAUGCUGACACACUGACAAACGUUUACCAACUAUCCUAUUUGAUUGGUGUGGUUUUCUCGCAAGGAUUAGUGUAUGCGCUAUUCAGUGUGGAUGCAUCUGAUGCAGAGUAA